UCUUCAGUUGAGCUCCCUGCUCCCUCCUCUCUAUUUAACCCCUCGUCUCCCCUCAUUCCCACAGCCUAAAAUCUUCGAACUCCGCUGAGCGCCUGAGCCCGCCUCCAGCUCCCGCCCCUUGGCACCACACUAGCCUAGUGCCUAGCUCGCCCGCUCCUCCCUCCCUGUCGUGCGCAGGAGCAGAGCCGAAAAAACCCGUCAGCUCUUUGGGGGCGCCGAGGCGGCAAGAACGGCCAUGAAGUACGUGCUGGUGACCGGAGGGGUGGUGAGCGGCCUCGGCAAGGGCGUGACGGCCAGCAGCAUCGGCGUCGUGCUCAAGUCCUGCGGCCUCCGCGUCACCACCAUCAAGAUCGACCCCUACCUCAACACUGAUGCUGGAACCAUGUCUCCAUUUGAGCAUGGCGAGGUCUUUGUUUUGGAUGAUGGUGGAGAGGUGGACCUGGACCUUGGAAACUAUGAACGUUUUCUGGAUAUCAAAUUGACCCGUGACAACAAUAUAACCACAGGAAAAAUCUAUCAGGCUGUCAUUAACAAAGAAAGAAGAGGUGACUACCUGGGAAAAACCGUCCAGGUUGUGCCACAUAUUACAGAUGAAAUACAAGAUUGGAUUGAACGCGUUGCAAUGAAUCCAGUCGAUGGCAAAGAAGGACAUCCUGAUGUUUGUGUCAUUGAACUUGGCGGCACUAUAGGGGACAUUGAGUCAAUGCCUUUCAUUGAAGCAUUAGGUCAAUUCUCAUAUCGUGUUGGACCUGGAAACUUCUGUUUGGUUCAUGUCAGUCUUGUUCCUGUUCUGAAUGUAGUUGGUGAACAGAAAACUAAGCCUACACAACAUAGUGUUCGAGGGCUUAGAGGACUUGGGUUGGCACCGGAUGUUUUAGCAUGUCGCAGUACUGAGCCACUGGAAGAACAUGUUAAAGUCAAGCUCUCACAAUUUUGCCAUGUUCCGAUCUCAAAUAUUGUGAACCUCCAUGACGUGACAAACAUUUGGCACAUCCCUUUGUUGCUAAGGGACCAGAAGGCCCAUGAAGCUAUUCUGAAAGUUUUAGAACUUCAGUAUGCUGGAAAGGUACCUAGGGAACCUAAGUUGGCGGAGUGGACCGAAAGGGCCACUAAAUUUGACAAAUUGAAGACUCCGGUCAAUAUUGCCAUGGUUGGAAAAUAUACUGGCCUAUCAGAUUCCUACCUGUCUGUUCUAAAGGCUCUUCUGCAUGCAUCGGUUGCUAUGGAAAGAAAGCUUGUAGUCGACUGGGUUCCUUCAUGUGAUCUGGAAGAUUCUUCAGCUAGAGAGACCCCUGAAGCCCACAAAAAAGCAUGGAAACUGCUGAAGGGUGCGGAUGGUAUACUCGUUCCUGGAGGCUUCGGAGAUAGGGGAGUUCAGGGCAAAAUUCUUGCUGCAAAAUAUGCACGUGAAAACAACGUUCCUUAUCUCGGCAUUUGCUUAGGAAUGCAAAUUGCAGUGAUUGAGUUUGCCCGUUCAGUCAUGAAAUUACGUGGUGCAAAUAGCACAGAAUUUGACCCAGCUGCAACAUCGCCCUGUGUCAUUUUCAUGCCAGAGGGCUCAAAAACCCAUAUGGGGGCCACAAUGAGACUUGGAUCGAGGAGAACAUAUUUCCAAGUCACUGGCAGUAAAUCUGCAAAGCUGUAUGGCAAUGCCACCUCUGUAGACGAAAGGCAUCGCCACAGAUACGAGGUGAACCCUGAUAUGGUCCCAGACUUUGAGAGGGCCGGGCUUCAAUUCGUGGGCAAGGAUGAAAGUGGAACACGGAUGGAGAUCAUUGAACUGCCCUCUCACAAGUUCUUCAUCGGCGCACAAUUCCAUCCUGAAUUUAAGUCGAGACCAGGAAAACCAUCUCCACUUUUCUUAGGGCUGAUAGCAGCGGCAUCUGGGCAACUAGAACCUUUGCUUCAACGCAGCUGCAACAAUACGACAAAGCCACCGACUAAAGUCCCGAAACGGAAACUGUACCCAACUGUGCCUGUGAAGAAUCCACUAAACAGCUUGGUAAAUGGGUACUACCCAAAUGGCACUGGCAUUCACACCUAGAAGCACAAUACUAAGCGAGGGCUUGAUUGAUAUUUGCUCCUACGGUUUUGCUUGUACUCUUUUUUCAUCUUCUUUUUUGGUUUGCAUUUGUCUCUGAUCAACUGAGAAGGCUAGGGGCCGCUUGGUUUGCUUGCUGGCUAGCCUAGUCUCUCCUUACCAAGCAAGGCAAGGCUCGCUAGCGGAGGAGAGCCAUUCCAGCUCACCCGGGCAAGCAAGAAAAAAUCUUUCAUAGAAAUCGAGGCAACUGUCAAACUAUCCAAACACAUGAGACGCUGCGCUCCUUGCCUGGCUAGGCGAGGCAAGGUCUGUCAAAAGAUCCAAAUGUGCCCUAAGAUUCAGCAAGCCCGGCCCCAGCUCCAGCGACACACGGUUCCGACAUUUUAACGAGGAACGUCCUCCGGUCCGUUGAAGCAGGACUAGCUAUAGGGUUGGGAGUUCUAGUGUGUGUGUGUGAUGUUUCCUUUUUUUUUUUUGGCCUAGAAUUAUGGCUGGAAGUGUCUUCGUAGCUUUACUAGAGCCCGGAAUCUCUCCCUCCUAUUUGUACAAUGUACAUUAUGGAAGAACUUAUCUAAGGACUGAAUAUACAAAUGCUUGGCCAGGGUUGCGUUGUCGUUAAAAUAUUAACUACGACAUUCACACGAA